CGUUUUGGUUCUCAUUGAUCAAUGGUAUCUCGUCCAUCACAUUGAUCCUCUGUUCACAAUCAGUGUCAGUAAGCGAAUGGUGACGGACAACAACUCUAAGUGCGUAUGCAGUGUUACGAGCUCUGAAUAGAUGUUGAAUAAAGGCAUCGAUACUAGUUGUAGAGUAGUGGUAGUGGUAGUAAUAGUAAAUGGAAACGCAGUGUAAUGCUUACGGAAUAGUAAAUUCUGUUCGAGUAGAAGCCACGCACGUUUACGCAUACACGCGCAAGCACAUAUGUUACAUAGAUAAGUUGAGAGUAAAGUACGAGUACGCGAAAGGAGAAGGAAUCGACACUUUGGCCUCGCUCGUUCUUGGACGAGGACGUAUUUCCUCGCGUCUUUAUUUGCGAUUGCACGGUUAUCGCGAGCAAACGAUUCUCAAAAUCGUUUUAUUGUCGUUUGACAGGUGAUCAAUUGUGUGGAAAAAAAAUAUUUCGUACGCUUUUUCGGAAAAACGCGCGCGCGCACUCUCUCUCUCUCUCUCUAUCUCUCUCAUUUUGCCGAUAGAAAUGCCUUUCUUCAAGAAGCUUCGGAGAUUCUCCAGGCAUAAAAAACUAUGCGAGGAAUGGGCCCUGGCGAACAGUCGCGAAUGCGUGGAGAGUGGCGGCACAGCAGCCUCGACACACGAGGAAUCCGAGGAUGCAUCGGAGGCCAGGUUCACCCUCAAAUAUUUGGGCAGCACCCUCGUCGAGACGCCAUCGAGCGAGGAGGCCACGGCUGAAGCCAUAAAGACGGUCAUUACCAUGGCAAAGGCGAGCGGUAAAAAGUUACAAAGGGUGUCUUUGGCUGUGAGCUUAAGAGGUAUCAGAAUGACUGAUUUGGCCACAGAGGAAGAUCAGCUACAAGUAUCGAUAUACAGGAUCUCUUAUUGCUCGGCUGACGCAACCCAUGAUCAUGUGUUUGCAUUCAUCGCGACGAAUCUGAACGAGACGAUGGAAUGUCACGCGUUUCUCUGUCCAAAGAGAAAAAUGGCGCAGACAGUGACAUUGACGGUGGCCCAGGCAUUCAAUACCGCUUACGAAGCUUGGCAAUUGUCACAGGCUGAUCCGAGGAUUCAUCAUGCUCAAGAUAAAGGGUCUACUUUGACGGAUGAGAAAAAUGAAACAAAUGAAAAAAAGAAUUGCAGCGAGACGAAGACGUCGGCGAAGAUGAUUCAACAAAACAAGCAGAACGGUCAACAACGUCAUACCAUCAAUGAAGGUCAAAAGAACCUUUUAAUUGAUCUCUCGAACGAUCCUAAGCCGGCGGGGAAUUCAUGGGUAAGCUUCGAGGAAGAAUCGAGUUCGGAUAGCAAGAGAUCGCAAAAGAAUUCGGCCAAUAGUAUUCCCAUGACCACACUGAGACACACGAGCACGUCCACGCCGUCUCAUCACGUAGUACCGAGGCCAUCGACAGGAUUCAAGAUGCAAAACGCUUGGGGAGAAUCCAGAUCCGUCGAUCUAAUGUGCUCGUAGCAGACAUAGCCUGCGGCUGACAGCUUCAGAGACGUGCCAUUAAUCACGGGUCUCUGGAAGCAUCUGUCGAAUAGCGGCCAAACGAAGAAAACUAAUCCUUAGACUAAUAUCAAGCUCGCCGAAGAGGAGAGUAAAUGUGAUUUUAAAAUGUGACACGCAAUAUAUAUGGGAAAGGGAUUAGAGCGAAUCGAUCGUUGGAUCGAUUUUUAAACCGUUCGACGAAAAACGAAGCCUCUUUCUCCUCUAGGAGAAAAUAGAUCAUCGAAGAGAUCAUCAUUUUUUUACUUGGAUCUGCCUCGAAAAAUGACCUGCCGAUCGAAAGAGAUGUCUCCUCUUUCCUUUUUUCUCCGUGUGAUAAGGUUUUUAUCGAGUAUACCACGUAUCCUUUUAUUCUAUUCCAUUUCGUACGUAGAGAUUACGGGAAACGAUGGAUUUUCGAUCAUGAUGAUAUAUAUAUACACACACACACACACACACACACACACACACACACACGCGCGCGCGCGCGCGUACGCACACACAAAGGCGCGCACACACACACACACACACUAGAAAAGCUUUUGACAGGACCAACAAGAAUAACGCGUUUUCGAUUAGGACUGGGGUUACGAAAGAAAAAAAUCCUGCCAUUGAAUUUUCUUAGACGUUUACAUUUUUUUACAUUUCAAACGAAUCGAGUGCAUUUCUUUGAAAAUAUGUUUUAGUAUCGGUCUGGCCGUAAUCAAUCCUUUAACCAGAUACGAAACGAACGACGUUAAUCGAACUUUCCAAGUAUAAUGUAAGAAGGUAGGUUAACGAUUUUAAUACAAGGUUGUUCUGUAUGCAUAUCGCAAGUUAAGAAUUUUAACAAGAGAGUAAAAAUUGUUCCUUUUCCACAACGCAUUGGAACGAAAUAUGUAAUUCCGUUUAAUGAUACGUACGCAUCUACACAUAUAGCUAUUAUAAAUUUUGACGGCAAGAUGAGAAAACGAAAGCCACUGUAUGUAGUCUUCGAAAUAGGCGUUCGUUACAUGUUAGAUAAAUGUGUUGAUAUAUGCGUUAUAGGAUAUAUACGUCUCUAUUACGUCUAUUUAAUAGCAGUACGUUUAAAUAUCGCUGGUAACAUUCGAAUAGAUAUAAAUUAGCUUUAUACGUCGUUAUGUGAAUCAUAUCACUCGAUAUUAUGAAUCGCUAGAUUAAACUAAUGGCUUAUACAGAUUAUACUCAUCAAUCGUUGCUCGCGUUAAUCCUUUUUUCUUUUUUCUUUAUAGCCCAAGCGAUAGAGAAAAUAAUUAACGUUUAGCAAAAUUAGGGAAAAUCGAUUUUUAUUACGUCGACAAUCGUUUAAAACGUUAAGCUAUGCGUUGAAAGUACUUGUCGUAGAUUAUAUGGGUCGUUUAUCUCGUCUUAAAAAAAAUGUCGAGUAUGGAACGUGCCGCUGUUACAUUCGAAAUGUUUAGUUUUAUAUAUUAAGUCACGUUUACAGGCCUAAUCAAUAUUAUUUUAUAAUAAUCGUCCCGUUAUAAUACGUUUCUAUAUUCUUAUAUAUUGCCAUUCUCUUAGAGACACUAAUUAAAACAGAUUAUUCCUCUGUCCAACUGCGUAGCUAACGUUGAAAUUGAUCGAGCGAAAAUGGUACAUCAUGUUUUAUUCGUUGCUUUAUCCUAUCGUGCUAUCCCACGAGAUCCCAUUAAAUGUUAGAGCGAAGGAUGCAUAAUCGAAAUACACGUAUACAUAUCUUUCA